GAGUCAAAGUCGGAUGCGCAGCUGACCGAGCCACCCAGGUGCCCCGUUUUUAAAUUUUUAACUAAUUUAAAUUGAAUAGCCCCAUGUGGUUGGCUCAUUGGGUGGUGCAGGGAUGGCAUUAGAAGGAAAACAGCAGUGUGAAACAAAGUUGAACUUGUUACUUAUCGAGGGAAGCCCUGUCACUCAGGCAUGCAAUCAGCAGGCUUUUCCACCAGGCGCUGGAAGGGCCGGAAGGAGGAAGUAAGCCCAGUAGGCAAGAUUCAGAGCGCAGGUCUCUGGCUGGCCCUGUAGCCGAUGACCUCUGCCACAGGUCUCCGGGUUUCGUGUCACCAGUGCCCUGUACCUGGUGUCGGCCGGGGCUGGGUGCACGGUACAGCCCUGCAGCGGGCUUUGCCGUGGAUGUGCUGGUGGCAAUGCUGGAGGACUUGUCCCUUUACCAGUUUCCUCGCUCCGCCGCUGCCGCCUGACCACUCAGACCUUGGGGGAGCCACUUUCCCUCUUCAUCUGCCAGUCGGGGGACUGAAAGUACUUUGCUUACAGAGUAGUUGUGAGGCCCAGAUAAGGCGAUCCCAAAAAAUACUCAGCUCAGUAUUUUGCAACGCAGUAGACGUCUUGAAUGUUGAUAGUUAACGCUUAUUUUUAGGCACUUUUUAUGUAUGGUGCUACCGUGGAUGAGACUGUUUUCUUCGUUUUCCAGUUGUUUGCCGCUAGUGUAUGAAUACAAUUGGUUUUUGUGCGUUAACCUUGUUAUCUGCAAACUUGGUUAAUCAUUUUAUUAAUUUUAGUCAUUGUUUUAUGGGUUUUCCUGGGACUCUCUGUGGAAACAAUCGUAUCUUCUGCGCUGUCACCUCUCUUUUUUUGUUUUGUUUUAAUUCUUUAUUGCAGCGUUUGAAACACAGUGUUGCGUAGCAGUGGUGAGCAUAGCGGCUUCUUCUCCAUCGUGGGUAACAGUCCAGUCUUUCUCCAUCCCGUGUGAUGGCCGCGUGGGCCAGAGGCCCUUUGUCAGCUUGGAGAUGUACCCUCCCGUUCCUCAUUUGCUGCAGCGUUUCCUUUUCCUGAUCACAAAUGGCUGUUGACUUGGAUCAGGAGCCAUGGUGCCUUCGAGGCUUCUCUCAGUAGGACCGCGGACCGUGUUUGGGGGCGUGGGGCGCUGGACUCGGGUCGCGCCCGGCCAGCUCCCGUGGCACGCUCCCCCCAGGCUGCUCUCGGCCAGCUGUGCGGACCUCUCCAAGCACCAGGAGCCCCCCGGAAAGAAACCGCUCUCCGAGAAGAAGCUGAAGAGGCAUUUUGUGGACCAUCGCCGAGUGCUCAUCCGAGGGGGAUGUGGAGGCGACGGGGUGAGCUGUUUCCACAGUGAGCCCCGGAAGGAGUUCGGAGGCCCCGACGGUGGUGAUGGAGGUGACGGUGGCCAUGUCAUCCUGAAAGCUGACCAGCAAGUCAAGUCGCUGUCCUCUGUGUUGUCGCGGUACCAGGGUUUCCACGGGCAAGCCGGCGGCCGGAAGAACUGCUCCGGGCGAGGCGGCGCCGUCCUCUACAUCCGGGUCCCUGUGGGCACCUUAGUGAAGGAGGGCAGUGAAGUCGUGGCUGACCUGUCCUGCCCAGGCGCGGAGUACGUCGCCGCUCGGGGAGGUGCGGGAGGAAAAGGCAACCGCUUUUUCCUGGCCAAUGACAACCGUGCACCGGUGACCUGUACCCCCGGGCAGCCCGGUCAGGAACGUGUCUUCUUCCUGGAGCUCAAGACGGUGGCCCACGCCGGGAUGGUUGGGUUCCCCAACGCCGGGAAGUCCUCGCUUCUCCGGGCCAUUUCGAACGCGAGGCCUGCCGUGGCGUCCUACCCGUUCACCACCUUAAAGCCCCACGUUGGGAUUGUUCGCUGUGACGAUCACCAACAGAUAGCAGUGGCGGACAUCCCGGGCAUCGUCCGGGGCGCGCACCGGAACAGGGGCCUGGGGAGCGCCUUCCUCAGGCACGUCGAGCGCUGCCGCUUCCUCCUGUUCGUGCUGGAUCUCUCGGAGCCAGAGCCGUGGACUCAGCUUGAGGACCUGAAGUGGGAGCUGGAGCAGCACGAGGCCGGCCUGUCCCAGCGACCCCACGUGGUCGUGGCAAAUAAGGUCGACCUCCCCGAGGCCAGGGCUGCCGUGCCCCGGCUGCGGGCGCGCCUGGGCCCGAGCGCCGUCGCCCUGUCGGCGGCCACCGGGGAGAACGUGGAGGCGCUGCUGCUGCGCCUGCGGGAGCUCCACCGCCAGCACGUGGCCACCGAGCCGCAGCGCGGCCGCCAGCCGCUCAGGGGGUAGGCGCCCCCCCAUCCCCCCCGCCCGGCGCGGAGACGAGAGUCGCUUGCGAAGAAUCGGCAGCGUUGGUGCCGCGCCCUCCGCCGCCGGCCGGGGCUCCCCCUCCGGCAGACUCCGCGCCUCCCGUACCCGCCGGCGGGCGGAGGGGGUCUCGCGCGUGUCGCUCGGCGCCCUCAUCGGCGAGGACCCCGCGGCCUUCAAAUGCGGCCGAGCGGCCCCGACUUGGAUGAGCCGAGCGGGA